AUGAAUUUGGCUACUCGCAACUUGACGCACCGGCGCGGGUUCAGCUCGCAGAAGCCCAAGGAGACCAAGGCGGCCGAUAAAGACGACGUGCCGCCGACAUCCAACAAGCGCUCGCUGACAUUUGCCAUCGGCGGUGUGCUGACGCUUCUGGGCGUGGCUAGCUACACGUUCAGUCUGCGGCAAUCGGAGCCUAGCACAGCUGUGUCAGCCCCCUCCGUGACUCUGCCACCGCAAGCCACAGAAACCUUGCAGUCGGUGGAGCGGAAGCGGGAGGCAGCUCGUCAGGAGCUGGACAAGCUGACGCGGGCAGAGCGGCGCGAGGCGGCGCGCAAGCUGGGGCUACUGACAGAGGAGGAGGUAGAUGCAAUCCUGCAUGCGCAAGAGAAAUCGUGGUGCGCUGGCGGGAAGGGCCAGCGCGUGCGUGUGGAUACGAACCAGGUAGCAUCGAAUAGUCCGAUUGAGGACUACUUGGCGUGGUCGGAGCUGGGCCCCGACCGCCUGAUGUUUGGCGUCUUCGAUGGCCACGCUGGGUACAUGUGCGCUGAGCAGCUUGCGCAGCGCCUGGCGCCAAUGCUGAACCGGUCGAUGGCACUGGCAGCGGCGGAGUCGGACGAUCAGGAUGUCUCGGCACUGGCCAGCACCGUGCGGCAGCUGCAGAAGGAGGCUGGGCGCGGCUGGGACCACACGGCGCUGGCGCUGACGGCGACCUUCAUUAAUAUGGACCGGGAGCUGGUGCAGGAUGCGCUGGCCGAGUUCCGCCGGUCGCAGGAUUUGGCGCGCAUCGACGCGCUUCUAGGCCCGGCAGUGUCGGGCAGCUGUGGGCUGGUGGCCGUGGUGGACUCCAAUGAGGUGGUGGUGGCCAAUACUGGCGACAGCCGCGCACUGCUGGGCGUGCGUCUGGCCGACGGGCGGUGGCGGGCGGUGCGGCUGAGCGAGGACCAGACCGCCGACAAUGCGCAGGAGCGGGCGCGGCUGUCGCGCGAGCACCCCGGGGAAGUGGUUUUGCAGAAGAGCCGCGUGCUGGGCGGUCUGAUGCCGACACGCGCGUUUGGCGACUCGCGGUACAAAUGGGCAUUGGAGACGCAGCAGGAUUUGUUCCCGGUUCUGCAUGCCCGCGGCCACCGCUAUGCGACCACACCGCCGGGCCUGACCACACCCCCGUAUGUGACUGCGCGGCCGGUUAUUGUGCGUCAUAAGCUGGCGGAGACGGACCGUUUCAUCGUCAUUGCUUCGGAUGGGCUGUAUGACCAGCUGUCGGACGCUGAGGUCGUCGAGACCGUGGCCCAGUGGUAUGAGGGGAAGAGCGCUCCAGACGACAACGCUGCUACGCAUUUGAUACGCACGGCUCUGUCGACCGACCGUCUGGGCCGUCGCGGCGACCAUGUGAUUCGCCGCCUGCUGGCCAUUCCCCCGCCGCACUCGCGUCGCUUCCGCGACGACAUUUCCGUUACCGUCGUGUCAUUGAACCGCGACGAGUGA